AUGCCUUCUCUCUCAACUGCCGUGCUCCUUGGGGCCUCGUUCGUCUCAACGGCUUAUGCAAUCGGCCCUGAUUGCACCUCUGGACCGCUGAAGAACAACACCAUUUGCAACGUCAAUGCUUCUCCUUCCAAGAGGGCUGCGGCCCUCGUUGCCGCCAUGGAGCCCCAGGAGAAACUCGACAAUCUCGUCAGUAAAUCCAAGGGUGUGCCGCGUCUAGGUCUCCCAGCAUACAAUUGGUGGGGUGAGGCUCUACACGGCGUGGCUGGCGCACCAGGAAUUAACUUUACCGGGGCCUACCGUACCGCAACCUCGUUUCCCAUGCCGCUGCUCAUGUCAGCGGCCUUUGAUGACGAUCUCAUUUUCCAAAUCGCAACCAUUAUCGGCAACGAGGCUCGUGCAUUUGGAAACGGCGGUGUCGCUCCCGUUGAUUAUUGGACCCCCGACAUCAACCCCUUUCGUGACCCGAGAUGGGGUCGUGGCUCCGAGACACCGGGCGAGGACAUUUUGCGUAUCAAGGGCUACACCAAGGCCCUACUUGCUGGCCUUGAGGGCGACAAGGCCCAGAGGAAGAUCAUCGCCACGUGCAAGCACUAUGUCGGCUACGACAUGGAGGCAUGGGGCGGCACCGAUCGUCAUCACUUUGAUGCCCAGAUCACCAUGCAGGAUCUAGCAGAGUACUACAUGCCGCCCUUUCAGCAAUGUGCACGCGAUUCAAAGGUCGGAUCCUUCAUGUGCAGCUACAAUGCCGUCAAUGGCAUCCCCACCUGCGCCGAUACCUACGUUCUCGAUACAAUCCUGAGAGAGCACUGGAACUGGACUGACAGCAACAACUACAUUACUAGUGACUGUGAGGCUGUGGCAGACAUUUCUCAAAACCACAAGUAUGUCAAGACGCUUGCCGAAGCAACGGCACUCGCUUUUAGCAAGGGCAUGGACCUCAGCUGCGAAUACUCUGGAUCUUCCGAUAUCUCCGGAGCCUGGAAGCAGGGCCUUCUCAACGUCUCAGUUGUAGACAGAGCACUCACACGGCAGUACGAAGGUCUUGUCCACGCAGGCUACUUUGACGGUGCAGCAGCCACCUACGCCGGCCUAAGUCCCAAGGACAUCAACACGCCCGAAGCGCAGCAGCUGUCACUGCGUGUUGCCGCCGAGGGCCUUGUCAUGUUGAAAAACGACAAGAAGACGCUUCCACUGUCAUUGAAACAGGGCUCCAAAGUCGCCAUGAUCGGCUUCUGGGCUAACAACACCUCCAAGCUCUCCGGCAUCUACAGCGGUCCUGCGCCCUACCUCCACACUCCCGUGUGGGCUGGCAACAAAAUGGGACUCGACAUGUCCAUCGCCACUGGCCCUAUUCUUCAAAACUCCAGCGCUUCAGACAACUGGACGACGAAUGCGCUCGAAGCAGCAAGCAAGGGAGACUACAUUCUGUACUUUGGCGGGCUCGACACCUCGGCCGCAGCCGAAGGCUUCGACCGCACGCAAAUUAGCUGGCCAACCGCACAAAUCGACCUCAUCACCAAGCUAUCCAAGCUCGGCAAGCCCCUGGUCGUCCUGGUCCUCGGCGACAUGGUCGACAACUCGCCUCUGCUCUCCAUGGACGGCGUCAACUCAGUCAUCUGGGCUAACUGGCCCGGCCAGGACGGUGGCGAAGCCGUCAUGCAAGUGGUAUCUGGCGCACACGCCGUCGCGGGCCGCCUACCAAUUACCCAGUACCCAGCCGACUACAUCAACCUGUCCAUGCUGGACAUGAAGCUGCGGCCCCACGACUCGAGUCCCGGACGCACAUACCGCUGGUACAACGAGUCAGUGCAGCCAUUUGGUUUUGGCCUUCACUACACGACAUUUGAAGCCAAGUUUGCGAGUGAAACGGCAUUGACCUACGACAUCAAGGCCAUCACGGGCGCGUGCACUGAGCAAUAUCUCGAUCUGUGUGCCGUUGCGCCCGUGCAAGUCGCCGUCACAAACAAGGGCAAUACCACCUCGGACUUUGUCGCCUUGGCUUUCAUCAAGGGCGACGUCGGACCCGCGCCAUACCCCCUCAAGACACUGGUGUCGUACACGCGCCUCAAGGAUAUCAGCAGCGGCCAAACGAAAAUGGCGUCUCUCCCGCUUACACUGGGCACUCUUGCCAGAGUCGAUGAGCAGGGAAAUACGGUCGUGUAUCCCGGCGAGUACACGCUGUUGCUGGAUGAGCCGACGCAGGCAGAGGUCAAGCUUACAAUCACCGGGGAGCAGACGGUCCUGGAUAAGUGGCCGCAGCCACCGGCGAGUAAUUAG